CAUCAUUCCGUCAUAUCGCAUCGACCGAGGUGGUUGUAAAAUAAAAAGAUAAAUAAUAUGUGUAUUAAAUCUAUAAAAAUGUAAAUUGAAUUACUAACAUGAAUGUUAAUAUCUUUAUAAGAUUAAACGUGCAGUUGUCGGUCUCUUGACCAUUUAAUAUUCAGCUGCUAUACAGAGAAAACGUAUAAAUGGGUGACGUUCUAAGCUUAUUUUCUGUGAUAAUAAUGAAAUUUAAAUCUAAGUUCAAUGAAAGUAAGAUUUAUUUUCACUUUGAUCUUCCGUGGGAGAAGCUGAAGACGGUAAAGUGGAUGAAUGAGAAGGCCACCGCGAACAGAGCUUACGUUCCUACGACAGUUGAAAAUGUAGCGAACGUGUGCACGCACGCACUAUGCGUCGCGCCUGCAUCACUCGGUGCGCGGGAGUUGCUGACACGAUCCGUCAAUGCACCGCAGGCGAUUGCUGCAGUCGUCUACGGGCUUGCAUUAUGCCUCCUCUUCGCGGUAUCCACCACCUUCCACUCUGUAUGCUGCUGCAGGUCUGAUACUAAAAUGAAACACUUCCUGCACCGUUGCGACCGGGCAAUGAUUUACAUAUUCAUCGCGAGUUCCUACUUCCCGUGGCUGACGGUCGGCACGCUCUCCUGCUGGAUGCUCAGGGAACUGCGGUGGGUGAUCUGGCUGCUGGCUGUCCUCGGCAUCACGUACCAACAGAUCUUCCACGAGAGAUACAAGAUGUUGGAGCUGCUCCUCUAUCUGGUCAUGGGGCUAGGUCCGGCGGCCAUCAUUGUCACGUCUAAUCACCAGUUCCCGGCGAUGUACGACCUGAAGCUGGGCGGCAUGCUGUACCUGGCCGGCGUGUUCUUCUUCAAGUCGGACGGCCGCAUUCCCUUCGCUCACGCCAUCUGGCACAUAUUCGUCGCGCUGGCUGCCACCGUUCAUUACUUGGCCAUCCUGCGACAUCUCUUCCCAGAACUUAAAUCUCAUUGAAGACUGCCCCUUUAACCUAUUGAAUCUCCAUUAUUAGAGCUCUCUAAAGCUAUUUUUGUAUCCUAACUCGACAACAAGGCCGCAGAUUAAAUAAUUCAACCGACAAUCGUCCGAAGUAUCGGACGAUCGACGGUGUUGCAGCUCCGAUUUGCGGCUUUGUGCAGUCGUUAACUUCGUAAUGUGUGUGUGAAUCUUUUGUGUAGUGAUUUGGUAUAGACUAAAAUAAACUACAGUAGGUUUGAUGCUGUUAGCCGGGACGAAUCGUAAGUGUAUACCUAUUCGAGUGGAUGUGUACUACCGUAAUCGACAUAUAAUACGCGGUUGUUAUAUUUUUUCGGUAGGAUGAGCACUAAUUGAAAUUUUGCAAUGAAAAUUAUUAGUCAUCUGUUGUAAUUGUACAUUUUUCUAAACAAAAUUUCAACGCAUAUCGUAGUUAGUUAAUUUAAACACAAGUCCGUCGGGACUGCGUGUCGCCAGAACAAUAUCGUAUGCAUGUAAAUAUUAUGACAUAGAGUAGUGCUCGAGUCGAGUCGCGCAGGUAGUACGUGUAAGUUACCGUGGUAUACAGUUACGUGAGCUUCCGGUCUCUCCACGCGCCAUACUGCAAUCAAUAUUGUCACAUCAAGGCCACAUGCCGCAGCAUCCACGCUUGUACUCCGGAGCUGUGUUCAACACGUGUCACUCAUCUUUCUUAUAUCAGAUAUUGAAUUACAUGUUGACGGGAAAUAGCAAUACAACUGAGGACACUCACAUACCUACAUAUUUUGGAGGCAACUUAUAAUAUCGACAUCAAUGCAUGACUAAUGAUUUUAUACAUAGUUCACAUUACGGUGUUCUUUAUUUAAAUGGGUUUUGUUUGUAUAACAUGCAGCCAUUAAAACAUUGCGUCUACACUAGUGUAGAGUAUUAGGGAAGUCAGCUCAAAGCGGCCACCUUAACUUUGAGUUUAAAAAAAAGCCAUUGAACGAAAGAUUUUUAAAGAGAAUUUUAUACUAGCUAGUCGAGAAUUUAUCGAAUUUUUGUAAUGGCCAAUUGAAAUUUACGUAAGUUGAAUAAUAAUCAUAUGAUUUGCAGAUUACGAAAACUUGUCAUAAAACCGCUUUGCCCGAGUGGUCGCCCAAAGCGGCCACGGGGGUAAGGGCAACGUGGCCACCCCAAAAGUUUUCAAGCAAUGAAUUGUUUUUUGUUGGAAAAUACCGUGAUUGACAAAAUAAAAAUGCAAAAUCAAAAAUCAACACAUAUAAUUCACAUAAAAAAAAAUCAACAACAUUUUACCUAUUUUAAUCACAGUCAGUCAUAAAAGUAAUUUAUAAAAAUCGAUAUACUUGGGAUUUGUUGAAGCCUCGAGCACUGGCUAUGGAUGUGGGGUUCUGGUUGUCGCCAGGUCAAAUUAGGAUGACACAUGAUGAAGCCUUUAUAAAAAUCGUGUCCAGCCGUUUCAUUUUUAAAAGGAUGUGGAAUAUGGUUUGAUUCAGCAAAUUGAAAAAUAAGCUGCAAAAAAUCUUCCUUUGUGAGGCCAAAAAAGAGGUUGUCCAUAUGAAACAAGUACUCUAAGACGCCUUCUUCCUGUUGUGGUGUAAACAAAAUAAAUAAAAAUUAUAUCUAUGCAGCGAUAAUAUGAAAGUAAGGGCAAAGCGGUCAGUUGACCGCUUUGCCCGGGCCGCUUUGCCUUUUUCAACCAUUUUAUUAAAAAAAAUAUUUUCACUCACAUUAUUAACUAUAUUUCGAAGCAAAUACCACACAAAAAAGGCAAAAUAGAUAAGUAACGUUAAACGUGCAAUAAAAGCAUUUUAAUAUAAAUAGUUUUGACCAAAACAGGUUGAACUUACCUCGUAUUAUUUUAACAAAACGCACAAAAAGAUAUUUGUCGUUACUAGAACCACGCGUUCGUUCUCCUUCCUGAAAAUGAGUGACUGGCGCGGAGAGGGAGGUUUGGUUAUACGUACAGAACAGCAACGUUGCGCUAUCAUUUCAAAUAACCGAAAAAUUAAGAGUGGCCGCUUUGCCUCCUAUGGCCGCUUUGAGCUGACUUCCCCUACACAUUUAUCGAUUAAUCGGUCGAUGAUUUCGGCAGGAAAUUGCGAAGGAAAUGUAUUCCUGUUGCUGCUUCGCUCGCCCACAUUAUGUACACCGUAAUGAGUAGUAGUCGUUUACGAACUACGAGUACCUAUCGAGUGGAGUACGAUACUCGAUAACAAAGUUUUGUAAACUUGUCAAUCGGUUUACAACUCUAUUCACGAACAGUAUUUAUAGACAAAUGUUUGUCCGGAUUGACCGUUGUCCUAUCACGAAAGCGAUAAACAACGAAAUGGAUUUUCUUUGAAAUAGAAAGUAAUUUAACUUUGGAAGUGGUUGAUUUAAAUGGUGUUUCCAUUUAAAUUGAGGGGUUUAGUUUUCUAACAUAGCCUACAUAAGGAUUUGUUUUGUAUGUUAUAACGUAUAAGACAAUUCCUUGCGGUUAGAGCAGCAAUUUCACUUUAAGCUUGGGGAGGGCUCAAUGUCUUUCUUAUAAGUUGCAUGUCGUCCUAUAAGACAGUGGACGAUAAGCGGUUUUUUCCAGUGUCCCAGUAGUGUUGUCCGUCAUGUGUGAUGUCCACAUCCUGCAUGAGACAGACGCUUGUCGUGUGGCAGUGACGGUUGCCGAGAGCAGUAUGGCGCGCCCCUCACAGACACUAUAGAUACGAGUAUUUAUUAGACGUAACGUUACAUAUUAGCAGCAUGAACCACGUUCGGCCAAACUUACUACAAAUGGUAAAUGUGUGUAUAUUUUGUAACAUAUUGUUGAACUUAUUGUACUAUUGUUGUAGUGUUUGUAGUCGUAUCUCAGAAUCUCGAGACCAAUCCAACCCUUUUUAGAGUAACUAUUUAAAAAAAUCGUAUUGAGGGUUUUUAGAAACGUUUAUACCUAUUAACUUAUUAUACUUAUACGGAAUCCAGUUUUUUCAGCGAAAUCUUUUAUACACCUCAAUGUGACUUUUCCUUACCUAGUAUUAGUCGUUAUAGUUUAGCUAGUUGAAUGUAUAUACCAUCUCGUGUCUAUGGAAUAGGAUUUUAAAAUUUUAACAUCUUCAAUAAUGUUUAUUUAAUUUUACCUAAAUUAUUUAUUUAUAUGUCCCAAUUUAGAUUUUUUAAGGAUUGCUCAAUCGUUCGUGUGAUUAGGUAAUAUUUUGCCAGACUUCCAAUGAUUGCAGUAGGAUGUGCGAGGUAUCGGUUGCGUGUUGGUGGCAGUGGUAGGUACCUACACGCGAGGGAUGUGUUAUCACGCUGGCACCGCCGAGCAUUGUUCCCUGUGUCCCUGCGCUCACUGUGCUCUUACGAUACCUGAACAAUCGACUCUGUUUCAAAACUAGGACGACAGCGCCUCCAUACUUGGACAGUUGCGUGCUCACACAAUGGACAGAGGGAAAUGAAAUGUAUACCUUCAGACCUUUAACCUGUUUGGACUACAAAUACUCUUGCUAAAGCGAUAGCAUUACUUUAUGAUAAAAUGUGUUAAUUUGUAAUUAUCUUUCAAUGGGUUACCUAAUCGAAGGUUUUAGUGUCGCAUGAAUCAAGUGCUAUAUUUUGAUUUUGUAAUCAUUCUAGUCAUUGUAUUUGCUACAAACAUUUGUGUAUUGAAUGUGAAUUAAUUUUAUGCAACGUGCAUACAGCCGCGUGGUUGAAAGAUCAACAACCGAGUCAUUGAUACUGGACGGUUUUAUUUAGGCUAAUUACAUUUCGGAUGCGCGGCUUAUGACAUUACAAGCGAAUUGGUUGAGUAAAGAAUCAUGACAACCGGUUAGCCAAGGUUAUCACAGGGUAAUAAUCAACUAUUACAAGAAUGCACAAACACUGAAAUUAUUAAUUCAUUCAACAUAAUUAUCUCACUACAAUUAGUUAAAUGAUAUGAAAUUUAUUUUAAAAUUAGGGAAAGGUAUUUUUGUUUUAGAGUACGGUGUCAGACAGGCGUUGUAGCGAUACCUGUUUGUAAUAUCAAAGUAGACGAGAACUCCUCUAAAGUGCAAAGUAUUCGUAAGUAGGGAAGGGUAGCGUCGAAACGUGUAACAGUAAUGUUUCGGAUAUUAUUAGGGUCCUAUUAUUAAAUACGUACGAUGGAGACAAUUUUCUGUAGUCAUUAUAAUAUCGAAUUGUGCUCGACAGUACCGGUAUGUAAUACUUGUCGCUUUGAUAGUACCUAGCCAAAUACAUGUUGUAUGUGCUCGUGUUACGACUGUUAGUGACUGUCGCUGUAAAUGUUAUUGUUGCUAAAGCAAUGCGUGUCUCAAGUCUUCCAGAGAUGCUAUUGGUAGGUCUUCUAAAUCAAAUUAACAUUCCUUUAUAAUUCCAUACAUUUUAAUGUAAUCAAACUCUCUUACGGCCGUCUUCCUUUGACGUACCUUUUUUAUUUUCCAACCACCUUGAGUCACAAACUCCUCUAUUUUAAAACUCUGUCUGACUUUUAAAUAAAUUAAAAUUAUGGCUUAAUAUUAGAAUAUGAUAAAAUUGAAAAUAAAAUUGAUAAUUCGAGUUAAUAAGAAAUAAAUAUUUAUAUUUUAGCUGAAAUAUUCCAUUUUAAAUUAACUUUAGACUACAGGUGAUUUAAUCGUUUCCCACUGUUGAAAAUUGUACCCAUUAUAAUGUUAAAGUUUUAUGUAAAUUCAACAAUAUUAUGGCGUAUUACGUCAAUGUAACAAAAACUAGAUUUUGAUGUAUUAAUUAGUGGGAAUAAUCAUCUCGUUAUACAUAAUCGGCUAUCGUAGGAGCGUCCACCGUUGAAAUAUUCGAGAUUUACUUGAGACCAUUGUUUGUCUAAUGCCAGGGAUUAUUUGACACUAUUGUAUCGGUGGACACUCGUACGAGAGCAAUAACUUGUUGUCUGUGCGAUGUUUAAUGUGAUGUAACGUGUAUUGUUGUAGAUGGUAAGAUAAUGCAAACAUCUUCACGUAAGGCAGGUAACACAGUGGACUGCGUUCUAUUGUAAGCUUGGUAGAAGCCUGUUCCACGCAGUUUCUAUGUGUGACCACAUAUCGAGGAUGAGAACAAACUUAGUCCUCAUUGACGAUCGAUCUUGUUUAUCGAUAAAUGGCUGUCUUCAAACAAGAAUUUUAUCGAUUUUCUAUCGAUUAAACAGUUGAACUCGAACAUUUGUGUACAAGUACAAUAUUUAUUUUAAUUUAUAUCAACUUUUUAAAUUAUUAAGAAUUCUGUCUAAUAUGUUACCUGCUUUACAAAUAAAAUCCAGUGACUAUUCUAUAUAAUUUUUCUAACAGAUAGUGUUAUGAACAUGAAGUUACCUUUGAUAUCGGACCCUGGUAUAGUUUUGUAGAGGUUUUUGGGAACUCAAUAAAUAAAAUUUUACAAACAA